GCUCAGCGGUGGGUACCCAGCUCCGAGGUGGGGCUGCUCGGGGCGCGCCUCGGCGACGCCGCCGGGGUCAGGGCGGCCAUCAGAUCGAGCGUCCAGCGGGACGCCACGAUUCAGCGGCCUGAGCUGGUGGCUCUGCCGCGCGGCUGCGCCGAGGCAGUGGAGCGGGCCUCGCAGAGGGCGGAGCCCGGGGCUGAGCGCGACGCGGCGCGACGGUCGCCAGGGCUGAGCGGCGGCCUGCGCGGCUGGCCGGGCUCAGGGCCAGGCGGCGGCGAGGCCGACUGGGGGAAGAAACCUCAGCACAUCGAGAGGCUCAACAAGGGCCCAUGGGGAGCCCCCGGUCGCACGGACGUGCUCCAGGAGGACCAGGGGGGACCCUGGCUGACAUAG